GCCUGAAUUAGCAUCUUAGCACAGCAUCAAGCCCGAGCUCAGCCCCAGCCCCAGCCCGGGUCCAGCCACAGCCCAGGACCCAGCAUGGCGAGGGACUUUCAGGACAUCCAGCAGCUGGGCUCUGAGGAGAACGACCACCAGCUCUGCAGAGGUGAGGGCCCAGGCGCUCACGGGCACAGUCCCAGGAGAGAAGAUCCGUUCUGGAAAGGGAUGCCUCCACCCCAGCUCUUGGUCCUGCAGCGUCUCUGCUCCAAGCUCCGCCUCGGUCUGCUUGUCCUGGGCUUCAACAUCCUGCUGCUGGUGGCUGUGUGUGUGAUGGGGUCCCAAAGAGCACAGCUGCAAGUGGAGCUGCAGACCCUGAAGGAAACUUUCAGCAACUUCUCCUCGAGCACCUUGACGGAGAUCCUGGCUCUAAGCUCCCAUGGAGGCAGCGCUGGUGACAAGGUGACAUCUCUGGAAGCCAAGCUGGAAAAACAGCAGCAAGACCUGAAAGCAGAUCAUGCCACUUUGCUGCUUCAUCUGAAGCACUUCCCGGUGGAUAUGCGCACGCUGGCUUGUCAGAUGGCGUUCCUCCAGAGCAACGGCACAGAAUGCUGCCCCGUGAACUGGGUGGACUAUGAAGGCAGCUGCUACUGGUUCUCUCGUUCGGGGAAGCCCUGGCCCGAGGCUGAGAAGUACUGCCAGCUGGAGGACGCCCACCUGGCGGUCAUCAACUCCAGAGAGGAACAGAAAUUCAUUGCACAACACACGAACCCCUUUCAUACCUGGAUAGGCCUCACUGACAGUGAUGGCUCCUGGAGAUGGGUGGAUGGUACAGACUAUAGACACAACUAUAAGAACUGGGCCGCCACUCAGCCUAAUGACUGGCAGGGGCACGAGCUGGGGGGCAGCGAGGACUGUGCUGAGAUCCGGGGGGACGGCCGCUGGAACGACGAUUUCUGCCAGCAAGUGAAACGCUGGGUGUGUGAGAUAAAGCGGAACAUCACCAUCUAGACCUCUGACCUCCAGCAGACCUCUGACCUGCAAGACACCCUGCCCGCCUCCAAGUCCUCCACUGGGUAUUUUGAAGAAAGGAAGAAGAGAGUCCUCAGAGGCGUGGGGAGGGGUUGAGGAGACAUAGAAGGGGGUGGUCGAAGAAGCUCAGACCCUGGGGAGACUGAGAUCCUGCCUCCUUCUGAAAGUCACUGUAAUCACUAUUAUAAUUUUUGGCCUCCUCAAUGGAGUAGGAAACGGACAGAUACUUGAAA